UUAAAGGACGUGACUCAGAGUAUAAAGAAUCGUAGAUCGAUAACGUAAUUUGCCCAUUGUUAUGAAACUUGAGUUGCUUCGUUUAUAUACUGGUUCCAAUUUCCACAUCAUGAUUUGUAAAUGUUAUUGAACUGAUUUAGUCGCAAAUAACAUUUCCAGCCAUCAAGAUGGAAUCGGGCAAUCUAUCAAAUCCUACCGUGAAAGUGAAAGAUGAGCCUCUUGAUGAACCUUUCAAUGAUGAUAAUGAUUACAAAAUAAUUGACCCAACACCAGUUACUAAAAAUAUUAAAUACAAGAUGUUUCGGCAAGAAAAUUCAACACAAGAGCUUUUUCAAGAAUACGACGAAAAUCAUAAAAAUGAACUUGACGACCCGAAAAUAGAAAUGGAAUGUAGAGACAUGAAGCUCAAUUUAUUAGCAGUUGCGAAAAUUGAAGUUUUUUCUCCCAAUCAAUGUCAGGAUAGCGAUGUUUAUAACAACGGAAGCAAAAUAAAAUUAGAAACUGUCGCGGGGCCGAAGAAAGGAAUUUUUAGCGAAAAAGAAACUGAUUUGAAUUUCGGACGUGGACUCAGCGAGAAAAAUGAAACAGGAAGUGUUUCAAAAGAGGUGAACUACGAACAUAGGUUAAAAACUCACACUGAAUCAGCCCGUAAUGUCAAUAUCACACCUGCAUGUGAUGUAUGUAGAAAAUCAUUCGGAUAUAAGAGUCAUCUCCAAAGACACAUCGAUUCGGUACAUCGUAAAAUAAGGCAUGCGUGCGAUAUAUGCCAAAAGACAUUCUCAGAGAAGAAAAGUCUCAGAAAUCACACCGAUUCGGUGCAUAAUGAAGUCAGACAUGCAUGCGAUAAAUGCCCAAAGAAAUUCUCAGACAAGGGUAAUCUCGGAAGGCACAUCGCUUCGGUGCAUCGUAAAAUAAGGUAUCGAUGUGAUGAAUGUGGGAAAUCAUUCAGAUAUAAGGGUCAUCUUCAAAGACACAUCGAUUCGUUACAUCGUAAAAUCACGCAUCCAUGCGAUAUAUGCCAAAAGACAUUCUCACAGAAGAGUAGUCUCAAAUAUCACAUAGAAUCGGUGCAUAAUGGUAUUUCACAUGCGUGCGAUAAAUGCCCAAAGACAUUCUCAACCAAGAGUAAUCUCAGAAAUCAUAUCGGUUCGGUGCAUAAUGGUGUCACAUAUGCGUGUGAUAUUUGCGGAAAGAAGUUCACAAAUAAAGGUAGUCUCAGAAAUCACAUCGAUUCGGUGCAUAAUGGUGUCAGACAUGCAUGCGAUAUAUGCGGAAAUGUUUAUAAACGAAGUGGCGAUCUCAAAACUCACGUCCAUUCGGUCCAUCAUAAAAUUACGUAUCGAUGUGAUGAAUGUGGAAAAUCAUUCAGAUGUAAGACUCAUCUUCAAAGACACAUCGAUUCGUUACAUCGUAAAAUCACGCAUUCAUGCGAUAUAUGCCAAAAGACAUUCUCAGACAAGAGUAAUCUUAGAAAGCACAUCGAAUCGGUGCAUAAUGGUGUUAGACAUGCAUGUGACAUUUGUGGAAAGACAUUCACUCGAAAAGACCACCUCACAACUCACAUCGAAUCGAUACAUCAUAAAAUUACUCAUCCAUGUAAUAAAUGCCAAAAGACGUUCUCAGACAAGAAUAGUCUCAAAAGGCAUAUGGAUGCGGAGCACAAUGGAAUCACCCAUCCAUGUGAUUUUUGUGAAAAAAAAUUUAAAUAUCAAACUCAUCUCAAUAAACAUGUCAAAAACUCGCAUAGUGGUAUCGUACUUUCAUGCGAGACAUGCGGCAAGACGUUCGGACAGAAAAGAAAUCUCAAAGACCACCAAAUAGCACAUGACUCACGCAUUAGCGCGAAAUAAAUUCAUCAAACGUAUGUUCAAUGUUGUAUAAAACAGCGUCUAGUAUAUUGUUUGUGACAUUAGGAGACUUAUUUGAAAAGAAUCAUUCGAUGCAACAAAUUUAUCCUUCGUUAUGUUAUCUCGCUGUCGCAUACCUUAAAAUAACGUUCCAGAUGAAAAAAAAGCAAUAAUGAGCUCAAUUUGAUUCUUUAAUAAUAAAAAAAUGAUAAACUUUUCGAUCGGAUAAUUUUCAGAAUAUUAAAAAUGUUCGAAAAAAUGUGUAUAAAGAAAUAGGAAAACUUCAAUUCAUCUCUCUAUCUUUAGCAAAAAGACAUGCGUAAACUUUUUUUAUUAUAUGACUAUAAUUGUAUUGAAAAAUAUUAAAACCUCAAAUCUGGCAUCGAUAUAGAUGAUAAUAAUAAGUAUUCUAUAAAACAGACGAAAUUUUGUAAGAUUCAAAAUUGUUUGAAUAAUGAAAAAUGGAAUAAACAUUAUAGCUUAGUUCGUUCAAUAAGUGUUAGAAAAUGUAGUACCUUUAAAUCGAAUCUUAUUAAUUCUCAUUUUUGUUUACUGCAAUAAAUAAUAGUGUCGACAUUUA